AAUUCAGCCACCAGUUGCGGACUUCGCAGCCGCGAAAACGGAUCGGGAGAUUUUUCGAUUACGAAGAUUUACUUGAAAGAGAGAAAAAAAAAAAGAAAAAAAGAAAAAUCACAUUUUAAAUGACACGAAAAAGAAUAUAAUAAAUAAGUAAAUAAAUAUAAAUAAUAAAAAAAAAGGGGGAAAAGUGAAGAAAAAUUCUCGAUCGUUAUGAGGAUAAAUAAUAAAAAUUUAUCGAAAGAUUCGAUUAAACGUUUAUUCGGAAGAAUUCGACUUUUCUGUUCGUUUUUGCAAGAUCUCGAUCGGUAAAGUUCAAUAUUUAUAUUCGUAAGUAAGUAAAAAAAGAAAUAACAAUAGAUCAACAUCUUUUUCUUCGAUUAUUCGUGAUUGAAUCCAAUACGAUCAUGUUACGAAUAAGGAAGCAGCAAUAGAAUUUGAAAAGACGUCUCGAAGAUCGUCGCCGUCGAAUCUUUUAUAAAAUAAGGUUAUUUGGAUUGAAGCCAGAUUUUUCUUUUCUUUUUCUUUUUUUUUCUCCUGUUUUUUUUUUUUUUUUGGUUUGUUUCUUUAACGGAAGAAAGACACUUCGUACGGACGACAUGGAGGAAGAAGAAAAUCCAACUGGUACAACGAACGACGAGAGCGGAGUUGAACAGCUUCAAAUACUUCGUGACAAAUAUGAAGGAAAAUUGACCACUUCUCUUUACACGGGAACGCUCUUUGUAGCCUCGGUAGCUUCGAUAUUAGCACUUGGUGCCAUUUGUUUGACGAACUAUCAUCAGGAUAUCUCUCAUAUUGUAUUACCAAUAUCAACAUUAUCAGUGAUGCUAGUCUCAUCAUUGAGUCUAUUGGUCGUCUCACAAUUACCUUCUACGUUAACAUCAGUUAGAACGAGAUUUCUCGUGGGACAACUAUCAUCUGUGAUCCUUGGAUUUGGUAUCCUGAUACUUGGCGGUGCUAUUCCAAUGUUUGCUUGCAUCCUUUCGAUUACGGCAGCCCUACCAAGGAUUAAAAGACUCAGACCAACUAUAGGUCCUUUUAUCCUAGCUAUUAUGCACGUGGGACAGAGAUUUAUCUUUGAAAAAGAAUUGGUCGAUUACAAAUUAAGUCAAAUAAUAAGCGAGGCUAUAUUGAUGUUCACUGCGAUCCUGGCAGGACUUUACUACAGGAUUCUUACAGCAACGGCACAUCAAAGGACCUUCGCUGGUACGAAAACGGUGAUCGAGUCUCGGAUAAAAUUAGAAUGCGAAAGAGAACAGCAGGAACAAUUAUUGCUAAGCGUUAUUCCGGCCUACAUAGCAGCAGAGGUUAAAAGGAGUAUAAUGUUGAAAAUGGCGGAUGCUUGUCAGGAAGCUAAUAAGCACAAACAGACCAGGUUUCAUGAGAUGUACGUGCAACGACAUAACAAUGUCAGCAUCCUUUAUGCGGACAUCGUUAACUUCACGCCACUUUCCGAGCAACUUUCAGCAUCCGAUUUGGUGAAGACUUUGAACGAGCUUUUUGGCAGAUUCGAUCAAAUCGCUCAGGACAAUCAAUGCAUGAGAAUCAAGAUACUAGGAGAUUGUUAUUACUGUGUCUCAGGACUGCCAGUUUCCCGACCUAAUCACGCAUAUAAUUGCGUCAAUAUGGGCCUGCAAAUGAUAGACGCCAUUAGAUUCGUACGAGAAGCAACUGGUUUCAACGUGGAUAUGAGAAUAGGAAUCCAUACGGGAAACGUUCUAUGUGGUGUCCUAGGUCUUCGCAAAUGGCAAUUCGAUGUUUGGAGCGAUGAUGUUACACUUGCCAAUCAUAUGGAGAGUGGUGGUCUUCCUGGGAGGGUCCACAUAACAAAAGCCACCCUUCUUCAGCUUGGUGAUCGUUUCGAGGUCGAGCCAGGGGAUGGUGGAUCGCGUGAGACUUAUCUGGCUCAGCAUAAAGUAGAAACCUUUCUUAUAGUGCCACCUAAGAAAAACAACGAAGAAAAUGGACUAGAAAAUGGUGGCAAUAGUAUUCGAGGACCUGGACCUGUUCCUACGAGAUCAAGACCUAGCAGUAAAAUGACCAAAUACGUGGAAUGCUGGGGUGCAGAUAAACCUUUCGCAAAUAUCGCUGAGGCAACAUUGGCAAAAAAUAUCGGAUUGACGAGCAUCGCCAUGAUCGAGUCUAAUCUUUUGGCGAACAAUACCAAUUGUCUUGACGUCAAGCAAUGGUGUGGUGGUAGCGAGGACAUAUUACCUUUCACCUAUUGGUUCAAGGAUAAGCAUCAAGAACUUCAAUACAGAGAACAAAAGGAUGAACAAUAUCCUUGGUAUCUUAUCGCAUCCAGCAUCGUUUAUACAACCAUGUUUUGCAUUCAAAUAGUCUAUUUGCCAAGGAGCAUCACCGUUUAUGGAUGUUUCGCAGCUGGUUUGGUUUCAUUGUCGAUAAUCGCUGGGAUAUCUUGGUUUGCUGGUAAAACGAGAUGCGAGAGCGAAUUGGAUACACCAGGACAAGUGGCACUUUGUCGUGGAAUGAGAAUGACCGUUUAUUUUAUCACAGCAUCUUUGGCAACUGCCUCAUCCGUUAUCAGUUUAAUCGAUAUUGAUCAUAACUCUUAUCAGGAUACACCGUUAUACGUAUACUCGGCAACGAUUGCAUUAGUCGUCAGUUGGACUCAUCUACGAGUAGGCUUUCUAUUAAAACUCAUAGUUAUGAUAAUAACAAUUACCAUGAUAUUAUUAAUUUUAUCUCAGGCACCGAUUAUAGAGCUUUAUUAUAGAGAACACAAUACGGAAUUUCAAGGAUUAAAUUACUUAUUGGAAAUAGGAUAUUUAUUGUUAUUGGUGGCAUUUGUAUUACAUGUCUUAGACAGACAGGUUGAGUACACAACUAGAACAGAUUUUCUUUGGAAGAGUAAAUUAAAGGUCGAACAAGAUGACGUUGAGACCAUGAGAGGAAUUAAUAAGAUACUAUUGGAAAAUAUACUUCCUGCGCACGUGGCCGAUCAUUUUCUAGCGACUAGAGCAACGCAGGAUCUCUAUCACGAAAGAUACAGCAGUAUUGCAGUGAUGUUCGCUUCAAUACCAAAUUAUAAGGAAUUUUACGACGAGACUGAUAUAAAUAAACAAGGCCUAGAAUGUCUGAGACUUUUAAAUGAAAUUAUUUGCGACUUUGACAUGCUUCUGUUGAAACCGAAAUAUUCGGGCAUUGAGAAAAUCAAAACGAUUGGAAGUACUUAUAUGUUGGCGUCUGGUUUAAGUCCUGGUAAAGAGAAUACCGAAGCUAAGGAUCCCUUACAACAACAGGAUCAUAAUGUGAUCGUACUCGUUGAGUUCGCCAUUGCAUUGAUGACGAUUCUCGAUCAGAUAAAUAGGGAAUCUUUUCAAAGAUUUAAAUUGAGAAUGGGUCUCAAUCAUGGCCCGGUGAUAGCAGGUGUCGUAGGAGCACAAAAACCGCAAUACGACAUUUGGGGAAAUACGGUGAAUGUGGCAUCAAGAAUGGACAGUUGCGGAGAAAUGGGAAAGCUUCAGGUUACCGAGGAUACUGCAAAGAUAUUAAUUGCAGCUGGAUAUGAAUUAGUUUGUCGUGGGCCAACCUUUGUAAAGGGCAAAGGAACAUUAACAACGUAUUUCGUUAAGACGCCAUUUGACGAUAAAGAGGAUAAUUAUUGAUCCUCAGUACCUGAUUUCUAUUCACGAUCACGUGAGAUCAACGAAACAGUGAGAACUAAUUGUUCUCGUUGAUUGUUAUUUCCAAAAAAAAAAAAAAAAAAAAAGAAAGAAAGAAAGAAAGAAAAGAAAAGAAAAAAAAAAGUAAAACUUAUAUUUUAUUCUAGCUGGACAAUAUGUUUUAAUCGUUGAAGGAAAAUGAAGAAAAAAAAAAAAAA